UCCUGGGACACUACUUCUGUCGAAUCUACAUCACUGGACUAUUUCUACCUCCUCACUAAAGAUAGUCACAAAUGAAGCCAAAUACAAGCUUGAGAGUGAGCUCUAAGAAUGAGAAGCAAAGUUACAUGGCAGAGAAGAAACUUUCCUUCAGCUGUUCCAUAAGAUGAAUGGAUGUGCAGCAGCACUGUCUGGAGGAAUCUCUUUAUGCUUGUGAAUUGUAAAACAGCUGGAACCAUCCCACACAGUCAUCUACCUAUUUGACACCUGAAAUUAGUCCUUUGAAUUAUUCAUUCAUGAUUCCCAUGAACAAUGCAGGGAAAUAAGAAACAUACAGAAGGACAUAGUGACUCCUCAAGUAUUGGGAGUCUCCUGGAUGAUGCAGACAGAGAGGUGAGCAGCCUCACAGACCGGGCCUUCAAAAGUUUGUGUGUGGCAGAACUUGAAGACUCUUACAAUGAACCAGAUCUUGCCAUUUCACCUGAUUUUGCCCUCCAGUUUUCUGCUAAAUUUCACCCAGGGACAUUAAACCAUGCUAUCAAGAAAAGCAAUGUCUGUAACAAGCUAACAGCAAGAAACAAUGAACAUACAAUAUGGGCUUCCACAUUCCAGCAGUUACCAAAGUGUCCUCCAGAGGAGAAGAAGAUCACUAAAAAUAACACCUUUGCCUCAGAAAGAAAAAAGCUGAAUUUGCCAGUCCCUGGUCCACGGAACAAUAAGCAUGUUUCAAAAGUGUCCUCGUUGAUUAAGACAUUUGAUAAGACUGCAGACCGAGGGUCAGGAGGAUCCCUGAUAGCCAUUAAGCAGCCCAUUAAGAAUAGCUUUCAAAAAUGUAAAUUAAAUCAUGGAAAUGACAUGGCUUGCUGGGAUGACACACACUUUUUAAAUAUCCACAAGGAACUCUCUGAAUUUUCAGAGGUUAGUCAAGGUAGCCGCUGUCUCGGUGCCAAACAUGAGUCACAGAAGAGACCUAAUAAAAUAGACCUGAGUUACUGUGGCUCUGAUGAUUAUUAUCCUAUGCUGAUUGAGAUGUCAAAAGUAGCCAAGUCAAAUUUUUCCCGUUCUUCUAAAAAAGCUUUAAAAAACAGAAGUGUGAAAGUUAGUGAGCCAGCAAAAAAAGGUAAUUUUCUUCACAGUGAGAACAGUGCUUUUGAGUCAUGGAAUGUUCAUCAUAAAAAAUUGACUGAAAAGGAGGAAUUUGUGGAUACAAAAAUUAAAAAGGAAGGUCUUACGUACCUGGAAGAAGCACCAUUUAUUAAAGGAUCCCACACACAUGAACAUAAUUUGCCACCUGUCAAGACCAUUGUUGCUAAGACGCAGGAGAAAGAUUUUCAGCUGAAGCCAGCUCCACCAGAAGCUGCUUUCAGCAUCCCUCUCGCAACUGCAUCUGUACCUCAGGGCCCCCUCCCUUCGGAAUCCAAAUUUCCUGCUGCUCUCCCUCCCACACCCUCUCCUAGGAUUCACACUCACCAGGGUUCACCUGGGCCACCUCAUCUCCCACAAAUGCAUCCUCUUCCACCCUCCACCCAGCAGGGCCAUCCCCUAACGCCACCUACCCCUCCAGUGCCACCACCCCCAGCACCAGCUCACCUUUCCCCCCAUGCCACGUCCCAAGCUUCUGUCUCACCCCAGUCCAUGUCCUACAGGGUGGUUUCACACUCACCUGCAUCCCAGGCACUGAGCCCACCUCCACCAGGACCUGUGGCCUCCGUAACUGAAGAGGAGACCCUCAGUCCUCAGCUGGGCAGUACCUGUCCACCCUGGAGGAGACAGAGGGCUAUGAAAGAGGCAGCAGAGAAGAGACAGACUUCACAGGAGUUCACAGCCACUGAUGAGACUUGCUCAUUGUCGGAGAAGGUGAUUGUUGCUGAACCUGGUCUGGACGUGGCUCCUCUGGCUAAACAGGUCAACUCCCCUGGGUCAAUCAGUCCCUCUUUCAACAUCACUGAACUCUUAACACCCAUCAUACCGCCAAAACAGGAGGCAGACACUACUGAAAGUGAGCUGAUCCCGCUGACACCUCUUCCCACUGAUAGCAUGUCGAGAGAGCAGGAGGGGAGCACGUUUGACGAUUACAGGUCUCGUGAUAGUUACAAAGCAAAAGCAUCGAGUCUGUUGUUCAACCUGAAGGACGUGCGUAAACGUGUUAAAAGCAUUUAUACCCCUUCUCCCCUGUUGAAGGCCUUGGAAGAGAAAAAUAAAGCUAGGGAAAAUACACAGGAGAGUACAAAAAUGAAUUCCUCACUCUCAGCUCUACAAGAGAAAAGUAAUAAAAAUAUUGCAGAAAAAGAUGAAUCAAGUGGUAUAACCUCUGUAUUGUCUGGAAACAUUCACAAAAGGGACAAUAAAACUGAUUUAACUGGACACGUUACAGACAAUUACCUGACUUUGAGUUCACCCCAGACAACAGCAGACCUUUUAUUUUACCAAGCUGGAGACAACUUGCAGCAAGAUGAUUCAAAACACAAAGAUCUGGUUACAAAUGUGAGAGAGAAUGAAAACUUCCCCUUGCUCAGACAUGAAUCAAAUGAACCUGGUUUAAGAAAACAUCUACAGAACCCAGCACUGAAACCAUGCAGUAGAGACAAUGCAGAUACAACAGUUGGACAGCCCAUGCACAAUGCCAACGUCCAGAGUGAGGAAAUGGAGAGACAAGUUACUAUUCAAAAUGAAAAAUUUGCCUUCAGAGCAUUCUCAAACCAACUCUCAGCAGCACAGGAUGUGCCUUGCAGUGAUACCCAAACCAAUAUGAUGAUACCUGACCAUGAAGCCCAAGGCAAGAGAAGCAGUAGUUCAUCAGAGCAGUCUUUCGUCUCCACAGUAGAGCAGCCACUUCAGGAGGAGCCGUUGCCUCCAGGUCCACUGAUACAGAAGGCAGGCCCUCAAGAAAGCCAGAGGACUAAAAGUGAAAUGGGUACAGACAGUAAGGAAAGCCACAGAGAGAGAGGGGAAGAGGCUGGGGAAGAUGAACUGCAAAAUUAUGCUUGUAUCAGCUCUAGUACUGGUGCAGCAGAGAAGAGAGAGGGGAAGGUUACUGGGAUUGAACAGAAGAGCCUGGUGAAAGAGAAACUAAGGGGAGAGAAAAGGGAAGAGGCCAACAGCAUGGAUUCUGCUUCUGACAGUCUAAGGGACAUGUCCAUUCCCAGGUCUGAGGAACCACAAACUCCACCAUCUUCAAGCUCAACCAAACCCAGUUUGUUUCUGAUUAAAGAUAACACAUUCAGGUCACCUCAGGUAAUAAGGACUGUCAAGCUGCCUCUGUUGAGAUCCUUUUCCCUGGAUGAUACAGUGAGCAGCAGCUAUAAGGAAAUGGUAAGUAGGUUUGUGCUCCCUGCAGAUCAGAGGAAGCAGCACAGAAAUAUGGUGCAUGCCCAGGAAGCAGGCUGGUGGGCAUCAAGGCACAGAGGACGGCAGAACGUGAAGGAUGGAGCAACCGAUGGAGGGAAAGAGGCCAGUGAGCCUGGAUCUACUCCAGCAACAUUGGAUCCCAGGCUUCUGGAAGAUACAGAGAGCUUUUCGUCAGGGAGGCAGAUGAAGGAAGAUGAAGAGAUUUAUGCUGUGUUAAAUAAAGUUGGGAAAAUGAAUGAGGAAAGUGUCUGCAGAAAGAAAGGGAAGCCCCAGACUAGGAAGGCAAGACACAGCUUAACACAGCCAAAUUUAGGUCUGGAAAAUGACCAAGCACAAAACAAUCCCAGCUAUCCCUCAGAAAGAAAGAUUAAUUACUUUAAGAAUCAUCAUUUAUCUAGUCGCAGAGGUGGCUCUUGUGCAAAGAAAAUAAUCACUAGAGAGGCAAUUUCUCCUGUAACUGGCUCCAUAUCAGAGGACCAUAUGUAUUCUCCUGUAUCGCAUGAAGCUUUAGAGAACAGCCUACAUACAGAAUGUGCAUCAGUCUUUUUAGACGAUCUCUCAUGCUCUGCUGUUAUAAGCCCCAGGUCAGGCAGCACGAUGCACUCUCUUGCUGCCAGUUCAUCGUCAGACAAACCAACAGUUUCUAGCCUUGGAGAGACAGGGGAUAUUAUAAACCCUGCCUUGCUGAACAUGGCACUAAAGAGACAAGCUGAUAUGUCUGCAGAAGAGAUACUUGAUUCGGCACAGAAGAAUCCGCUCUCCGAUUCAGGGGAAGCUGAGAGGCUGGAGCCCAAGGAACUCGAAGAGAGGGCAGCAGGCAAGCCUCCUGCUGUACCACCCAAAACAGAAAAGGCUCUGAGGCGGGCCAAAAAGCUGGCAAGCAGGAGAAAGAAAAUGCAAGAGCAGCAGAAAAGCCAUCAGACUGAGCAUAGAGAUGCUGUAGGGAGAAAGCCUUCUCAUUCUGGACAGACAUUAACAUCUCCUUCACCCUUGGGGUAUUCUCCUCUCCAUCCCACCCCUCCCUCAACUUUUCCCCCCAUAGAAACCAGUACAGGAAGACCCAAUGGUACACCAGCAGUAAGCACUUCAACCUCUUCAACCCAGCGUAAGCUCCUCCAAGACCCUGACUCUGGUCAAUACUAUGUAGUUGAUUUACCAUCUGAAGUUAAUUUAAAGACAUUUUAUGACCCAGAAACUGGCAAAUAUGUUCAAGUUUCAAUCCCUUCCUCAGAAGGGAACUUAUACCAGCCAUCCUCUUCAGAAAUUAUGAAUUCUCCCUAUGUCCCCUACCCUAGAGUGCUGCCUUUACCAGCUUCAUCUGUAGCAGUGCUGAAGUCACCUUCUCAGCUCUCUGAACCUACCUGGUUAGUGCCAGCUGUACUAGGAGAAGCAACUGAGCUACCUGAAGAUGGACAUCAGGACUACAGGUACACUGAAUCUGUGGAUGCUCAGACCUAUAUUGAACCAGCCUCCUACAGUCAAAAUGCUGAAGAAACUCCAGUUAGCUUAGCAAAGGACAUAAGCCCAACCCCAAACACUGACCUAGUGUCCCUCACUGAUAUAGCUGAUUUUGCUGCUGAAGGAGUAUCUUGAAACCUGAAGUAACAAAAUAUGCCAGCUAGUGUUUCUAAGAACUGUUUGGACAGA